GCAAUAGGCCGCAACGACUUCAAACAUCAGCGCUGACCUCUGUUUAGGGAGCGCAGUUUCCGAUCUUUCCUUGGACACAGAGCGCUGCAACACACGUACGGCUUGCGAAGUGCAUAGGACUUCUGACCGGGGGCUGUGCCCCCUCGUAGGCAUUCACCUACAGCCCUAGGAGUGGCUAUCGCCAAGGAUGGAUGCUACGAUUAUCCACACCGUGGGCACACGGGUGUGGAUCAGGGAUGAAAAGGAAGCAUGGAUAAAGGGUGAAGUUGUCAGGGUUGAGGAGGAUUAUGUGCUGGUUCGAACGGAGGCUACUGGCGUCGAGGUCAAGUGCAAGCCGGAAGAUGCCCCGCUGCAAAAUCCACAUAACAAUAGGGGUGUGGAUGACAUGACAAGGCUGUCUUACCUGCACGAGCCAGCGGUGCUGUGGAACCUCAACACCCGCUACGCUUACGAUGAUAUCUACACGUAUACGGGGACAAUCCUGAUUGCCAUCAACCCGUUCACGUCCCUCCCUCACCUGUAUGGCGAGCACAUGAUGAAUCAGUACAGGGGCGUAGAGAUUGGCGACUAUGCCCCACACGUUUAUGCAAUUGCUGAUGCCGCGUAUCGCCAGAUGAGGAAGGAGAUGAAGGGCCAGAGCAUCCUGGUGAGCGGUGAAUCUGGUGCCGGCAAGACGGAGACCAGUAAGCUAAUCAUGAAGUACCUAGCAUACAUGGGCGGUUACUCAGCUUCGGGCGAGCGAACUGGCAGUGGUGGCAGCGUGGAGGAACAGGUCCUCGAGUCCAACCCGCUGCUGGAGGCGUUUGGCAAUGCCAAAACCACCCGUAACAACAACUCAUCGCGCUUCGGCAAGUACGUGGAGAUUAACUUCAACGAUAAAGGAGUGAUUAGCGGCGCGGCCAUCAGGACGUACCUGCUGGAGCGCUCACGCGUUGUUGCGAUCAACAACCCUGAGCGAAAUUACCACAUCUUCUACCAGCUCUGCGACGGUGCGAGCCCGGAGCAGCGGGCGCAGCUGCGCCUGAAGGGCGCGCAGGAGUACAGGUACCUCAACCAGUCCACUUGCUUCCAGCUACCGGGCACGGACAACGCGGAAGAUUUUAAGCGCACCGUGUACGCCAUGGAGCGAGUGGGCAUUCCCCCCGCGGACCGCGAGGCCAUUUUUCGCACGGUCGCCGCAAUCCUGCACCUGGGCAACAUCAACUUCAAUCCUGGACCGGAGGACAGCUCGUUGGUGACGCCCGCGACGGAAGAUGCCCUUGAGUCGACCGCCGUGCUGCUGGGCGUGGAUAAGGAGGGCCUGUGCAAGGCGCUGACGACACGCGUGCGCCAGACGCCGGAGGGACCCAUUGUCAGCCCGCUGGACGCACGCGCGGCCGCGGAGACGCGCGACUCGCUGGCAAAGAUCGUCUAUGCCAAGAUGUUCGACUGGCUGGUGCGCAUGAUCAACGCAGCCAUUGGCGAAGACAAGAGCUGCGCAGCUAGUGUGGGCGUGUUGGAUAUUUACGGUUUUGAGCAGUUUCAGUAUAACGACUUCGAGCAGUUCUGCAUUAACCUUGCUAACGAGAAGUUGCAGCAGCACUUCAACCAGCACGUCUUCAAGAUGGAGCAGGCGGAAUACGAGCGCGAGCAGAUCGACUGGAGCUACAUCCAGUUCGUGGACAACCAAGAUGUGCUUGACCUGAUUGAGGGCAGAAUUGGCAUUCUGGACCUUCUAGACGAGGUCUGCAGAUUCGUGGACGCUAAAGGCAAGGACUUCGCAGAGAAACUGUACAAUGCUACAACAUGCAAGGAGUCACGCCGCUUUUCCAAGCCAAAGACCUCCAUGACCCAGUUCAUCAUCGAUCACUACGCCGGCCCCGUGAAGUAUGACACCGCGAACUUCAUCGAGAAGAACAAAGACUUCGUGGUCCCUGAGCACCAGGCGCUGCUGUGCAGCUCCAAUCAGCCUUUCAUUGCGGCACUGUUCACGGACACGGACGCGGCUGGGGACUCUGCUGCAGCGGCUCCAACGCCACCUGGGCGCCGUGGCGGCGCCAAGGGCGUCAAGUUCAAUUCGGUCGGCAGUCAAUUCAAGAAGCAGUUGGCGGAGCUGAUGGUUCAACUGCAUGCGAUGGAGCCGCACUACAUCCGUUGUAUCAAGCCCAAUGAAAGCGCGCAGCCGGGUGUUUUUGAGAACAAGAAUGUCCUGCACCAGCUCAAGUGCGGUGGUGUCAUGGAGGCAGUGCGCAUUAGCUGUGCUGGAUUUCCAUCAAAGCGCCCUUACGACGAGUUCGUGGACCACUUUUGGCAGCUGGCGCCUGACCUGCUCAAGACGGAUGUAGACGACAAAGAGGUCACAAAGGCCAUAUUGGCGAAGGCGGGCGUCACAGGCUACCAGCUGGGUCUUACCAAGGUGUUCAUGCGCGCCGGCCAGAUGGCUCAGCUCGACAAGCUGCGCACGGACACGCUCAACGGUGCCGCGAUCACAAUUCAGCGCUUCGUCCGUGGUACCCUGGCCCGCUGGCGUUUCGUUGCGGCGCGCUCUGCCGUGCUCAGAAUUCAGUGUGCUGUGCGUGCAUGGUCGGCCCGCAAGCUCACAACGCAGCUGCGGCGUGAGAAGGCGGCACUUACGAUUCAGCGUAUGUGGCGCGGCUACAAGGCUCGCUCCACCUACCUGGAGCAGCGACGCCUUAUCAUGGCUGUGCAGUCCAUGUUCCGUGGUCGCAACGCCCGCCAGCGCCUGGCGCAGCUGCGCCGCAUGGGCGCAGCCGUCACUAUCCAGCGCUACUGGCGGGGCUUUAAGGCGCGCCGCGCCUUCCUGGAGGCACGGCGGGCAGCUAUUGCGGUGCAGAGCGGCUUCAGGAUCAAGGUUGCCCGCCGCGAGCUGCGCGCCCUGCGACAGCAGGCCCGGGAGGGCACGAAGCUAUUGGAGGACAAGAAAGCCCUGGAGCAGAAGGUGCAUGAGCUGCAGGCCAUGCUGGAGACGGUGCAGGGACAGCGCAAUGAGCUGCGCCAACAGGUAAAGGAGGAGCUGGCGGCCCGUGCCGAGCUGGAACGCCGCGUGGAGGAAAUGAAGGCGGAGCUGGAGGUGGCCAGUCUCAGUCGGCUAGAGGAGGCCCAGCAGCAGCAGGCAGCUACGCAGCAAGACAACGACAGGUUACAGCAGGAAAUGGCUUCUUUGAAGGAGCGGCUUGCCGCUUCAGAGGAGAUGGCCAACCGCAAGGCACAGGAGAUGGCGACCGCACUGAAGAAGGCACAGGACUACAUCGGCCAGCUUAUGAGCGAGCGAAGCCAGAUCGACAAGAAAUUCCACGAGAUGAAGUCCGACCUCAUCACCCGGCUGCAGAAUGCCUGUGCACAGCGUGACGAGGCCCGCGGGCGGGUGCUGGAGCUGGAAAACGAGAUGAGCAAGCUGUCCGAGGCUUUACAGGCAAAAGACAAGGAGCUGGCGGCUGCAAGCGCAGCGGCCGUCGCUGUACAGACGCUACAGUCGGCAGUCGGGCCACCAGCCGCCGGCGCAGCCUCGCCAUCGCCUGCCGGUACCCCGGUUGCCCCAGCAGCGAGCGCGAUGCAGCACAUGUUCCAAAAGCUUCAAGCAACAGCCCCAGGGUACGCUCGCAAUGUGGCUGACAACAUCAGCGGACUUUUUGCGAAGGAAAACACGCCACUGCGGACGCCUCCACGAGCAGGCGUCAUGGUUGGCGAGGACGACAUGCGGUCACCCGUCCUCAGCAGCAUCCAGGGCAGUGUCGGUGCGGGCCCUGAGAGCGAGGCGGACCGACGCAUGCGAGAGGCACAGAUGAAGCAGGUGGCCAUGCUGGCCGAGAAGCGCAAGGCAGAAGAAGACCGGUUGUUGGCCGCCCUCACAGCGCCGCUGCCCACGUCGAGCAGUGGCCAACACCCAGAGGGUACCGGCACAGUGGGCAUGGGCUUCCACAGGGGGCGGCCCGUGGCUGCCAUCGUCAUCUUCAGGUACUGCCUCCACUCCCGUGCCUUCCAGGCGGACCGGACGGCAAUAUUCGAUCGCAUUGUGGGUGUCAUUGGCCAGCAGGUCGAGCGAGGCCAGGAUGAUAACAACUGCUUGGCCUACUGGCUGUCCAACACCGUGACGCUGCUGCAUAUGCUUAACAAAAACAUUAAGCCCGCCUCCGGCAACAUGAAUAAGGCGCGAGGUGGUGUGGCGGCAGGCGGUGUAGGCGCCGCGACGCGCUCCGUGCUAGGCGCGAUGUUUGGCAGCCGCAGCGGCGCAUCGCCAGGCUCUCUGUCACACACGGAAGCGUCAAUACAUGGCGGCGGCGUGGGCGGCUUCAAGCAGGUCGAGGCCAAGUACCCAGCCCUGUUGUUCAAACAGCAGCUGGACGCGUUUGUGCAGAAGAUCUUUCCCAUGAUCCGCGACAAUGUGCGCAAGGAGAUUUCGCCAAUGCUCAACAACUGCAUCCACACUCCUAAGGCGUCUGGCCGCUCUGUGGCCCGCCCGGGGGCCUCAGCACCCAGUGGAGGCGACAGGGCCGGAGGUGGUGGCUCAGCGCAGCAAGCCGCUUCGCACAAGUCCUGGACGGACAUCCUGCACGUUCUGGACAAUCUGCUGAGCCUGGUCAAGGCAAACUACGUGCCCAAGGUCCUUGUUCAGGCGCUUUUCAAGCAGCUCUUCCGCUUCGUCAACGUGCAGUUGUUCAACCAGCUGUUGCUGCGGCGCGAGUGCUGCUCCUUCAGCAACGGCGAGUAUGUCAAGACGGGGCUGGAACAGGUGGCGCACUGGAUCAACGGCGCAGGCGCAGACUACAUCGCAGAUUCGUGGGAGGAACUGAAAUAUCUCCGCCAGGCGGUGACCUUCCUGGUGAUCGGCAACAAGCCCAAGAAGAGCCUGGAGGAGAUCACGUCGGAUCUUUGCCCCGUUCUCUCCAUUCAGCAGCUCUACCGCAUCUCCACGAUGUACUGGGACGAUAAGUACAACACUGAGACGGUUUCCCCCGAGGUGCUGAGCCGCAUGAAGCAGGCCAUGGUGGAGUCCAACAGCACCGCGAGCCACUCGUUCCUGCUGGAUGACGACUCCAGUCUACCCUUCCAGGCGGCGGAGCUGCUAGCGAAUAUGGACGACAAGGACUUGUAUGGUGGCAUACCUGUACCGGAGGUGCUGCAAGACGGCGACGGUUCAGCAUCAUUCGCCUUCCUUGAGAAGGAGCUGCGGUUUGCCGCACCGUCGCCGCAGUGA